GACACACAGGGAAGUGGAGACCGCAGUUUUCCCUCACCGUCAUGGCGGGGAGAGUGCAGCCUGGCGAGGCCUGUGAAGCCUGAGUGUGAGUUUGGCCCUCCCUCGGGCUCCCUUCUGAGGGGAAAGGGCCUUCUCCCCGCUCGGCCAUGGCAGGCGAAGGAGAAGGAGCCCCGGGCCAAGACCCGCAGGUCAGCAUUGCCUCCAGUUCAGACCUCACAAAGCGUGUCCUUCAGUUUGUGGAAGAUCGAAUGCAGACCACUAUGUUAACUGGAAUGGUGAUUGGGGCAGCCGUUGCCUUACUGCUCAUCGGGAUCGUGGUGUAUGUUGUUUACAGGAAGGUGAAGGACUCCAAGCAACCUCAGCCACAAGUGCCUCAGUACAGGUUCCGCAAGAGAGACAAAGUUAUGUUCUAUGGCCGCAAGAUCAUGCGCAAGGUCACGACUCUCCCAAACUCCCUGGUUGGAAACACAGUCCCUCGGCAGCGGAUGCGGAAGAGAGCCAAAGUCUUGUCCUUGGCAAAAAGAAUCUUGCGCUUCAAGAAGGAGUCCCCCACGUUGCAGCCCAAGGAGCCCCCUCCCUCUCUGCUUGAGGCCGACCUCACGGAGUUUGACGUGAAGAACUCCCACUUGCCCUCGGAAGUCCUUUACAUGCUCAAAAACGUCAGGGUCCUUGGCCACUUUGAGAAGCCCCUUUUCCUGGAGCUCUGCAAGCACAUGGUCUUUGUGCAACUGCACGAAGGAGAGUACAUCUUCCGCCCGGGGCAGCUGGACAACAGCAUCUACGUGGUGCAGGACGGAAAGCUGGAAGUCUGUAUCCAAGAGAAUGAUGGCACGGAAGUAGUGGUGAAAGAGGUCUUGGCAGGAGACAGCGUCCACAGCCUCCUCAGCAUUCUGGAUGUCAUCACGGGUCACCCAGCGCCAUACAAGACCGUCUCUGCGCGAGCAGGAAUGCCUUCCACGAUCCUCAGGCUCCCGGCCAAUGCAUUUCACGAUGUCUUCCAGAAAUAUCCUGAAACACUUGUGAGAGUCGUGCAGAUCAUCAUGGUGAGACUCCAAAGAGUGACCUUCCUCGCUUUGCACAACUACCUGGGCUUGACCACUGAGCUCUUCAGUUCUGAGAGCCAGGCCAUCCCGUUGGUGUCCGUUGCAAGCGUCACAUCCGGUGGGAACACCAAUAAAGCGGUGAAGCGACAACUGUCCAAUCUAUCGGAAGAGGACCGGAUGGAGAAGCUUGAGAAACAAGGGACUCUGUCAGAUCCUGAUACAGGAAGAUCGCCUGGGUCGGAAACUCCACUCCGGAGAAGUUCAUCUUUGACCUCUUCUUCUGGAUACGCUGAUAUGUCUGGAACCCUGGCCGGGGCUAAAGCCGACUUGGACAUGGCGUACGAGAGAGCCAGGGUCGCCUCCACCUCCUCCUCUGCUGAGGUGCUUUCAAGUCCAGCUACAUGCAAGUCCAUCUUGAAGAAGACGGUGACCGUAACGGAGAUGCCCUCGGCUGUCUUCCAUUACAUGCAGGACAACCUCUCCGUCCAGGAGCCCUCGGCCAACAAGCACGUCGACGCCAUCUUCGAAGCGGCCAAGAAGGAUCUCUUGACUCUGAUGAAGCUGGAUGACCCCCUUCUCUUAAAUGGGAAAGUCACUUUGCACCAGGUGACGGCUGGGACGGUGGUGUCGAGGCAAGGCGACCAGGAUGUCAACAUCCGCUUUAUCAUCUCGGGGAUGCUCCACGUCUACCAGCGGAAGAUUGACUCCGAGGAGGAGACCUGCCUGUUCAUCACCCACCCGGGAGAGCUGGUGGGCCAGCUGGCCGCCUUGACUGGGGAGCCCCUUAUGUUCACCAUCAAGGCCAACCGCGACUGCAGCUUCCUGGCCAUCACUAAGUCACACUUUUACGAGAUCAUGCGGGAGCAGCCCACUGUCGUCUUGGGGGUGGCUCACACGGUGGUGAAGCGCAUGUCGUCUUUUGUGAGGCAGAUCGACUUUGCUCUGGACUGGAUGGAGGUGGAAGCUGGGCGAGCCGUUUACAGGCAAGGGGACAACUCCGACUGCACCUACAUCGUGCUGAACGGGCGGCUCCGCUCCGUCAUCAGAAUGGACGACGGGAAGAAGCAACUGACAGGCGAAUACGGCCGCGGGGAUCUCAUAGGCGUGGUUGAAGCUUUGACUCAUCAGCCCAGAGCCACGUCGGUACACGCCGUCCGCGAUUCGGAGCUGGCCAAGCUUCCUGAAGGAGCUUUGACCUCCAUCAAGCGCAAGUUCCCGCAGGUUGUGACUCGGCUGAUCCAUUUGCUGGGCGAGAAGAUCCUUGGCAGCCUUCAGCAAGGAGCUCACCCACUUGGGUUGCACACGCCGAGCAGCAAAUGGGACGCCAGCAACCCGGCCAGCAACCUCUCCACCGUGGCCAUCAUGCCCGUUUCGGAAGACGUGCCUUUGGCCACUUUCACCUUGGAGCUCAAGCACGCCCUCUGCGCGAUUGGCCCCACUCUGCUGCUCACCAGCGACAACAUCAAGCAGCAACUUGGCUCUGCGGCUUUGGACAGCAUCCAUGAGUACCGGCUCUCCAGCUGGUUGGGCCAGCAAGAGGACAUGCACCGCAUUGUGCUCUACCAGUCGGACAGCACCCUGACCCCCUGGACCCAGCGCUGCAUCCGCCAGGCCGACUGCAUCUUGAUCGUUGGCCUGGGAGAACAGGAGCCGACCGUCGGAGAGCUGGAGCGGAUGCUGGAGAACACAGCGGUCCGAGCCCAGAAGCAGCUGAUUCUGUUACACAGAGAAGAUGGACCUCUUCCUUGCCGGACCGUGGAAUGGCUCAACAUGAGGAGCUGGUGCUCGGCUCACCUUCACCUCCGCUGCCCUCGGCGCGUCUUCUCCCGGCGGAGCCUCCCCAAACUGAAAGAACUAUAUGAACGCGUGUUUCAGAAGCCUCCAGAUAGACACUCAGACUUUUCCCGGCUGGCCCGCGUAUUGACAGGGAACGCCGUUGCGUUGGUGCUUGGCGGAGGUGGAGCUCGCGGUUGUUCCCAAGUGGGCGUCAUCCGGGCCUUGAACGAAGUGGGCAUCCCGGUGGACAUGAUUGGCGGCACCUCCAUUGGGUCCUUCAUGGGGGCUCUGUAUGCUGAAGAGCGCAGCUACACCCAGAUGCGGAUCAAGGCCAGGCAGUGGGCGAUGAAUAUGAAUUCAGUGUUCAAAACGGUCCUCGACCUGACCUACCCCAUCACCUCCAUGUUCUCUGGGGCCUCCUUUAACUACAGCGUCAGCGACAUCUUCAAAGACAAACAGAUUGAGGAUCUGUGGAUCCCUUACUUCAUCAUCACGACGGACAUCACUGCCUCGACCAUGAGGGUCCACACAGACGGUUGCUUAUGGCGGUACAUCCGGGCCAGCAUGUCCCUCUCUGGCUACUUGCCCCCACUCUGCGACCCAAAGGACGGGCACCUCUUGAUGGAUGGUGGUUACAUCAACAACCUGCCAGCUGACGUUGCGAGGUCCAUGGGGGCCAAAGUGGUCAUCGCCAUCGAUGUGGGCAGCCGGGACGAGACCAACCUCACCAACUAUGGGGAUGCCCUCUCCGGGUGGUGGCUAUUAUGGAAGCGGUGGAACCCCUUGGUGGAGAAAGUCAAGGUCCUGAACAUGGCGGAGAUCCAGACCCGGCUGGCCUACGUCUGCUGCGUCCGGCAGUUGGAGAUGGUCAAGAACAGCGACUACUGCGAGUACAUCCGGCCGCCCAUCGACCGCUACGGCACCCUGGACUUUGGGAAGUUUGAUGAGAUCUGUGAAGUGGGCUAUCAGCACGGAAAGACGGUGUUCAACGUCUGGUGCCGGAGCGGCGUCCUGGACAAGAUGCUGAAGGACAGGCAGGAGCUCUGUAAAUCCAAAACCUCUUCUCCCGUGACCUGCCCCACGACCUCCUUCACAGACUUAGCUGAAAUCGUCUCCCGGAUCGAGCCGGUCAAGCCUGUUGUCGUGGAUGAUGAGUCCGACUAUCAGACGGAAUACGAGGAGGAGGUCCUUGGCAGCCAUAAGGACGACUAUGCGGAUUUUCUCAGCAACCAGACAGGAGACGACUCCGACUCUGAUCCAGAGGUCCGGCUCCGGAAGCAUGCCGUCGCCAACAACCAGGACAGUGAGCAAACGGCAUGACGGAGCCGCACAAAACAGCUUUGGGACUCUGCAACGGUUGGUCAUCCAUGCGCCCUUGUGCAUCCCUGCCAUUACAAUCUUCACUGGUCUCGAGACGCAGCCGUGUCUUUUCCUUUCUUAUCGCCUAAAGCCAGGGAUGGCAGGAAGGAGCAAACGAGUUGAGACGAUGGCGUCUACAAGCAUCAGACGGCUCCCGGGAGCCAUUUUUGUAUUGGUUGGGAUUUUUUUGGAGGGGUUUUUUUUUUUUGUGGUUCCCAGAACCUCCCAGGGGUCAAAAAUAUUCCCCCUCUAUGAAUUCAUCCAUCUCUAGACCGCUUUUAGGUCUAAGGAAGGCCUUUUCUUUAAACUGGGAGUGACCCAGGAGUGACUUAUGGUUACUUAUUGUUAAAAUGGCUUAGAAGGACUGAGAAGCAUGGCAGAAAUGCCCCCAAAGCAAAAUUUUGAAGCGUUUUUUUGCAAUGGGGUGGAAGGAUGAAUCCCCUUGAGAUUUUCUAGGGUGCUAAUAAAACUACAGGGUUUUUAAAAGGGUGCUAAUACAUCUCUCAGCUUUUCUAAUGUAUUCCCAAUUUUACUUGGAGUGUUAAUACAUCUCUCAGCUUUCCUUGGAGCACUAAUACAUCUGCCAAUUUUCCUUGGAGGGCUAAUCCAUCUCCUAGCUUUCCUCAGAGGGUCAAUACAUCUCCCAGAUUUUCUUAGGGUGCUAAUGUAUCUCCUUGGAGUGUUAGUACAUCUCCCAACUUUCCUUGGAGUGUUAAUACAUCUCUUGGCUUUCCUUGGAGUGCUAAUACAUCUCUCGGCUUUUCUUAGGGUGCCAAUGCAUCUCCCAGCUUUCCUUGGAGUGGAAGCGUGCUGGGCCCAUAACCCUUGUUGGUAAAUUGAAAUCCAUCUCCCAGCUUUCCUUGGGGUGCUAAUACAACUUGGGAUGCUAAUACAUGUCUCGGCUUUUCUUAGGGUGCUAAUACAUCUCCCAACUUUCCUUGGAGGGUUAAUCCAUCCCCCAGCUUUCCUCAGAGGGUUAAGAUAUCUCCAAGAUUUUCUUAGGGGGCUAAUGUAUCUCCUUGGAGUAUUAAUACAUCUCCCAGGUUUCCUCAGAGGGUCAAGACAUCUCCCAGAUUUUCUUAAGGUGCUAUUGUAUCUCCUUGGAGUGCUAAUACAUCUCUCGGCUUUUCUUAGGGUGCCAAUGCAUCUCCCAGCUUUCCUUGGAGUGGAAGCGUGCUGGGCCCAUAUCCCUUGUUGGUAAAUUGAAAUCCAUCUCCCAGCUUUCUUUGGGGUGCUAAUACAACUUGGGAUGCUAAUACAUCUCCCAGCUUUCCUUGGAGGGUCAAUACAUCUCCCAGCUUUUCUUAGGGUGCUAAUGUAUCUCCCAGAUUUCCUUGGAGUGUUAAUACAUAUCUCAGAUUUUCUUAGUGUGCCAAUGCAUCUCCCAGCUUUACUUGGAAUGGAAGCGUGCUGGGCCCAUAACCCUUGUUGGUAAAUCACCUUCCUUAUCUCAGUGCUUCGACCUUCCCAAUUUCUUCCUGGAAGGCACAAAGUGAUAAAAACACCGGACUCCUUCGAUUCAGCUUUCACCGGAAAACGGCACUUAAUUUUACAAUAUAUGUAUACAAGGGAAUCAUCAAUCCUUUCCGCUCACUUCUCAGACACGCUGCAAGAAGCACAUUCCUUUCUUACCAGUCUUUCUUUUCCAGCCUGCAUAGGAUCCUCCAAAAGUGACACUCUACCAAUACUACACAUCUCUGUGUAUUAACUCGUGCAUUUCUGAAAUCACAUCAGCAAUUUUCACUUUAGAUAACAUUACAUACUGACAGGUUAAUGAAUCUCCCAGCUUUCCUUGGAGUGCUAACGCAAUUUCCAGCUUUCUUUGGGGCGCUGAUACGUAUCCCAGCUUUCCUUGGGGUGUUAAUACAACUCCCAACCUCUCACAGUUUUGCACCUACAGAUGAAGUGAAAACUCUCUCUCGAAUCAUGCCAUCCCUUGGGUUGCAAUUCCCCAAAAUCUUUUGCAAUGCAUCUCAUCUCGAGCGGAUUCUUAUUUCCCAAAAGCAAGGGGUUCAUAGCACACAUUGCUCUUUACUCGCUGAGUAAGAGAACAAAGUUGUUAUCGUAUGUCUUUGUGUCUGUCAAUGAAUUUGGGGGCGGUUGGUUUUUGGCACCCUAGCUCUGCCUCUCUGAGUUUAUUUUCCUCGUCUGUUGACAUCCACAACUGGGAAUGAAAGGUUCCGCCGGCACGGAGCAGGAAGCUUGAAUGUUAACAUAUACACGCAUUGGGAUGUUCUGUGCCGGCAUCAGAGGGAGCGUGUGAUAACGGAACCAUCUGUCGGGAGGCGACUCGACGGUGACGGCAACAGUUGAAUCACCCACCGACAGAAAGGACAUUAUUGGAUUGAAGUCUCCGCUUUCCAAAACUCUUUUGAGACCCCAGCGGUUUGUGUUGUUUUUGCUUUCGCAAGUCCUCAUGGGUCUUACAGAUCUGGGUCAUCCGUUCCCCGGUGUUAUUGUGGAAAACAAUAAAAUCUAGACACCAAACAUGAAA